AUGUCAACCUACUCCGUGCUUCCCCGCGCAGAGCCUUCCUCGUCGGCUUUUUCGGCACUGCAGUCAACGACCACGACAGCAUCCAGUACCAACGACCUCCCACUAAGUGGUGUCAGAGUACUAGAUCUGUCUCGCGUGCUUGCCGGUCCAUUCUGCACGCAAAUUCUUGCGGACUAUGGCGCAGAUGUACUAAAGGUCGAACAACCUGGCACGGGAGACGAGACGCGACAAUGGCGCGCAGCCGGCGAAGGACAAAAAUGGCAACCGGAGCACAAGUUGAUGUCAUUGUACUUUGCUUCAAUAAACCGGAAUAAGCGCUCCGUAACUAUCAACCUGAAGAGCCCUAAAGGCGUGGAGAUUGUGAAGAAGCUUGCCCAGAACAGUGAUGUCGUGGUCAACAAUUUCGUGCCCGGCAAGAUGGAGCAGAUGGGCUUGGGGUAUGAAGACUUUCGCAAGAUCAAUCCAGCCAUCAUCUACGCGAGUUGCAGCGGGUAUGGAGCCAGUGGUCCAAGUCGAGACCGGGCUGGGUAUGAUGCCAUCGCUCUUGCUGAAGCCGGCAUGUUGCACAUUACUGGUGAUCCAAAGGGUGGACCAACAAAACCUGGUGUCGCCAUGGCGGAUCUCUGUACAGGCCUAUACAUACAUGGAGCCAUCCUGGCGGCGUUGAACCAGAGAAACAGAACGGGAGUCGGAUGCCAGAUUGAGGGCAGCUUGUUCGAGAGUGCUCUCAGUCUCUUGAUCAAUGUCGGAUUGGCAGCUUUGAACCUCGAUGUGGACAAGGGGCCAGAACAGCGAAGGAGAGGAAAGAGAAUGGGUCUGGGGCAUCCGAACCUGGUGCCCUACGGGGCAUUCAAAACAAAGGAUGGCAUGAUCUUCGUUGCUGCCAAUAACAACAGGCAGUGGAAAGGUCUUUGUAAGCGGAUGGGCAUGGAAGAACUUGGGGAAGACCAGCGAUUCAACACAAACGAUGGGCGGGUCGAGAACCGGGAAGAGCUCAACAACACCUUGCAGAACAAGUUCCUCGAGAAGACGCAAAAUGAAUGGCUGGCCGUCUUCAAGGGCAGUGGCUUGCCGUAUGGCUCAAUCAAUGAUGUGGUUGAUGCACUGGAACAUCCGCAAGCUGAAGCAAGAAACAUGGUGCUCGAGAUUGACGAAUUUGAAGCUGCCAAAGAUGGAGCUUUGAAAUUGAUCGGCCCAGCCAUGAAAUUCUCAGGCGCGAAGAUGGGCGUACGGUUAAAACCACCAGUGCUGGGCCAGCAUACCGAUGAGGUGCUCAAAGAGCUGGGAUACGGAUCCGCUGACAUUUCCGAGCUGAAGAAGUCGGGAAUUGUAUGA